AUGGUGUUUCGUAAGGAUGAGCUCGAGAUCCAGCUCAAAGAUGAGCAUAAGAUGAUUCAGGACGGUAAGAUCAGAGAUGAUAGCCCUCUUGACGUCAGUGACGAAUUUGGGGCGCUCUGUAGAGCUUGUCGUGUUGGGGAUUUGAAGGGCUGUCAGGAGGCUAUUGCUGCGGGCGUUAAUAUCAAUGCUAGAGAUAGUUUUGAUUAUACGCCGUUGAUAUUGGCGUCCCUUUGCGGACAUUACCAAGUUGUUCAACUACUUCUCGAAGCGGGGGCUCUUUGCGAACGAGAUACGUUCCAAGGCGAACGUUGUCUUUACAAUGCGCUCAAUGACCGUAUACGAAAUCUCUUAUUACAAUACGAUUACUCCAAGAGUACCGAUCCUCUCCAACCUUUUGCCUCCCAUAUAAGCUCGCUCCUCACCAGACCCGUUCCAAAAACUUCAGAUAUAGCCUUGAAUACAGCUACCUCGUCAUGGAAUCUGCACAAGUUUAUACUCUCUGCGCGAUCACCAUAUUUUCAGAAAAAGCUAGCUGCUGCGCCAGAGACGGCCAUGUGGAAACUUGCAACGAUACCAAAUGAAGCAUACCAAGUGGCAAUACAAUAUUUAUAUCUCGGAGCUGUUCCAACCGAUCUCGGCAUAAUCAGCGAAAGCUCGGCGAAUCUGGAUCAGGUUCUGACAGGAAUCGACAAGGUUAGCAAACAGCUUGGCAUCGAGUCGCUGUGGGAAAGCAUUUUAUCUGGAAACGACAGAAGGUUAGCAAGGCAACGGCAUCAGGAUGAAGUUACUGCCGGUAGAGAUCAGAUUGAGCGCUGGUAUCGCUCGAAUGUUCUGAAAUACAAAGUGGAAAUCGAUACGAGCAAGGCUCAAGAUGUUAAAUGGACACGAGAUAAUGGAAUAUUUGCGGACGUAUUGCUACGGGCUGAUGAGGAGUCGGAGGAACAAACCAAGUCAGAAGAGGAUACGUCGAAGACAAGGAAUACUUCCGGGUUAUUAAACGGCAUCCCAAUUGGCCCCGCCAUGUCCUCGCGAUCUCCUUCAACAUCCAGGAAACCGAAGAAAUCGGUCCUGUUUCCUGUUCAUCGAGCGAUGCUUAUCAGAUCUGAAUACUUUCAAACGAUGUUUAGCUCCGAAUUCAUGGAAGCUCAGGCGACCGAGUACCUUCAAAUUAUACUAGUAGACUGCUCUCCAGAAGUGUUAGAGAUCAUCCUCAACUAUGUAUACACAGAAAAAGCGGAAAAUAUUCCCAUUGACUUAGCGAUUGAUGUUCUUUUUGCGGCGGAUAUGUUAUUCAUCGAGAAGUUGAAGACCAAAGCAGCGAUUGUUAUUAGCACUAUUGGAAACGGUCCGACCAGUUUAGUAGACAGAACUCAUACCGAAAACGGGGAGCAAGAAGUUGAACAGAUUAAUGUUUAUGAUGUCAUUCGAGCUGGAUGGCUUUUGAAAAUUCAGAGGCUAGAGGAGUUCAGUGCGCGGUACCUUGCGUAUCGAUUGGAGGAAUAUAUCGAUGAAGAGGAGUUUGAGGAGCUUAUCAAAGAGAGUGCUGGGCGUAUUGAAAAGCGGCAGGAGACUGAUACUAUCGAGUUGUUGGAUGAUAUCCGAUACUACCUCUCCGAGCGCUUUCGCUUACGGUUCGAGGAUUCUGGUCUCGAGGAUAUCAUGGACGAAGACGGAGAAAUCAAUGCCGAAGCUGUUCAAGCUAUUUCAGACAGUGCCGCAAACGACGAGGCUAUCGAUGUGGAAAUGCCUAAGCUUAGCAAAGCUCUCGGCGAUUUGAAUGUCGACAACGAGCAGAAUCCGUCUCAGAAAGAUCCAGCUAGCGAUCCGCCUAUGCUCCCAGCUGGUGUCCGAACUUUAGAUGGCGAGAUCGCGGGCGAUGAGUUUGCGGCUGAUGCUAUUAAUUAUCAGGUUUUGUUGGGGAAGAUAGAUACGCUGUUAGAGAGAUUGAAGUUAGACGCUUAG